GCUGCUGAUGCUUCCGUGUCCCGUAUCCCCUCCCACAUGUCAUUUCCUCCUCCCCCCACUCCCACACCUCACUUUCUAUAAUCCUAACACACUCCUGCCUCCCCUUCUGGUACAUCAUGAUGAGUAGGGUAAGUCUCGUAUUUUGAGAGUCCAAAUCAGAGGCUUCCCAGCUUCCCGUAACAUCUGCUGCUACCUCUGCAGUCCGAGUGGAAAAGGGAGGGAGGAGCUCUCAGCUCCCGAUAUCUCUGUGUCUUUCUGUCUUCUCUGCCUUUCCAUUGGUCUUCUAGCUUACCUCUUGGUGGUGUGCAUUAGCCCACCCCUCCUCUCUCUCUAUCCCUGUCUCAGAUGCAGUUAUCCAGGCAGCGGGGAGGGAUGCUUCAAAGACACUCACACUCUCUGCAUGGGUGAAGAGAAAUGGUGGGUUAGGCGAGUAGAGGAUGUAAGCUCUUGCUCUAACCUCUUCCCACGUUCAUCUGCUUGCGUCGAUUUGUUCUUAAAAAGAAAGUCACCUGGUGAGGUGGAAGAAACUUUCACCGAUAAGGCGAGAUUUCUGAGAGGACUUCUGAAAGUGAUUUCAAAGCUUUAGUUUCCUUUGUGUUGGGGGCAGAGAGAGGGCAGCCAUGGCUCAUGCCGCGGCUCACAUUAAGAAGGCCAGGUCGGAGAUGGAUCAGCCUCCGGACCUGAAAGCUCUGGAGAAAGCCAGAGAAAAAAGGAGACGUUCCCGGGAACGAGCUGAACGCAAGCGCAAGUCGGACAGUAACACCAGUUUCCUGCGAGCAGCGAGAGCAGGGAACAUCGACAAAGUGUUGGAAUAUCUGAAAGGUGGAGUAGACAUCAGCACCUGCAAUCAGAAUGGUCUUAAUGCACUGCAUCUUGCAGCCAAGGAAGGCCAUGUAGAUCUGGUCCAGGAGCUGCUGGACAGAGGUGCAGCAGUGGAUUCAGCCACAAAGAAAGGAAACACAGCACUUCACAUAUCCUCCCUAGCUGGUCAGGCUGAGGUAGUUAAGAUUUUGGUCAAACGAGGAGCUGACAUCAACGCACAGUCUCAGAAUGGAUUCACUCCUCUGUACAUGGCUGCCCAGGAGAAUCACCUGGAUGUGGUGCGAUACCUGCUUGAGAACGGUGGUAACCAGAGCACUGCAACAGAGGAUGGAUUCACCCCUCUGGCCAUCGCCCUCCAACAGGGCCACAACCAGGUGGUCUCCAUCUUACUGGAGAAUGAUACUAAAGGCAAGGUUCGCCUGCCUGCUUUGCACAUCGCUGCCCGCAAGGAUGACACCAAGUCGGCUGCCCUGCUCCUCCAGAACGACCACAAUGCUGAUGUUCAGUCGAAGAUGAUGGUCAAUAGGACUACUGAGAAUGGCAAGAGUGGAUUCACCCCCCUACAUAUCGCUGCCCACUAUGGCAACGUCAAUGUGGCCACACUUCUGCUGAACAGAGGGGCAGCAGUUGACUUCACAGCAAGGAAUGGGAUUACUCCUCUACAUGUGGCAUCCAAGCGUGGUAACACUAACAUGGUUGGCCUGUUACUGGACCGAGGCUCUCAAAUUGAUGCUAAAACAAGGGAUGGUCUGACUCCUCUUCACUGUGCUGCUCGAAGUGGGCAUGGUACAUCUGUGGAGCUGCUGCUGGAGAGAGGAGCACCCUUACUGGCCAGAACCAAGAAUGGGCUGUCUCCUCUUCACAUGGCGGCACAAGGCGACCAUGUUGAGUGUGUCAAACACCUUCUGCAGUACAAGGCUCCUGUUGAUGAUGUCACUUUGGACUUCCUAACAGCGUUACACGUGGCAGCUCACUGCGGUCACUACAGAGUCACCAAACUGCUGCUGGACAAAAGGGCCAACCCCAAUGCCAGGGCACUGAAUGGCUUCACUCCACUGCACAUAGCCUGUAAGAAGAACCGAGUGAAAGUGAUGGAGCUGCUGGUCAAAUAUGGAGCCUCGAUCCAGGCCAUUACAGAGUCCGGUUUGACCCCUAUUCACGUAGCAGCAUUCAUGGGUCACCUGAACAUCGUUCUGCUGCUUCUGCAGAACGGAGCCUCACCCGAUGUCAGCAAUAUUCGUGGAGAAACAGCAUUACACAUGGCAGCCAGGGCAGGACAGGUGGAGGUGGUCAGAUGUCUGCUGAGGAAUGGAGCAAUAGUGGACGCCAAUGCACGGGAGGAUCAGACUCCCCUUCACAUUGCAUCCCGUCUGGGAAAAACAGAGAUUGUACAGCUGCUGCUGCAGCACAUGGCCCAUCCUGAUGCUGCCACAACCAAUGGCUACACCCCCCUUCACAUCUCUGCCAGGGAGGGGCAGGUGGAGACAGCCUCGGUCCUGCUAGAGGCCGGAGCUUCACACUCCCUAGCUACCAAGAAAGGUUUUACUCCCCUGCAUGUGGCUGCCAAGUAUGGAAGCCUAGAUGUAGCCAAACUCCUGCUACAGCGUGGUGCUCCACCUGAUUCUGCUGGGAAGAAUGGCCUCACCCCGCUUCAUGUUGCAGCACAUUAUGAUAACCAGAAGGUGGCGCUCCUACUUUUGGACAAAGGAGCGUCCCCCCACACGAUGGCUAAAAAUGGCUACACUCCUCUCCACAUUGCGGCUAAGAAGAACCAAACAGAAAUUGCUACAGUGCUGCUGCAGUAUGGAGCCGAGACAAACAUUCUGACCAAGCAGAGUGUCACUCCCCUCCAUCUGGCCUCCCAGGAGGGUCACGCAGACAUGGCUGCCCUGCUUAUAAGCAAGGGAGCCCAGAUCAACGUCCAAACUAAGAGUGGUCUGACUGCCCUCCAUCUGGCAGCCCAGGAGGAUAAAGUGGCUGUUGCCAAGAUACUAGCCAAAAACGGAGCCAACCUUGACCAGCAGACCAAAUUGGGUUAUACUCCGCUGAUUGUAGCAUGUCACUAUGGUAAUGCCAAGAUGGUCAACUUCCUGAUUCAGAAUGGAGCCAGUGUCAAUGCCAAUACCAAGAAUGGAUACACGCCCCUUCACCAGGCAGCCCAGCAAGGAAACACACACAUCAUUAACAUACUGCUGCAAAACGGUGCCAAGCCCAACGCUAUCACUGUAAAUGGUAACACUGCUCUGGGUAUUGCUCGAAGGCUGGGAUACAUUUCAGUGGUGGACACGCUGAGGGUCGUCACUGAGGAGAUCAUUACCACCACAACAACGGUGACAGAGAAACACAAGCUGAAUGUGCCAGAGACCAUGACUGAAGUGCUGGAUGUCUCGGAUGAAGAGGCAUUAAGAUCCACUGAUGAUGAUGUUAUGUCAGAUGACUCCAUGGAUGUGGAAGGUGAUGACACGAUGACAGGUGACGGAGGGGAGUAUCUGAGGGCUGAGGACCUCAGGGAGCUGGGAGAUGACUCCUUACCAGGACAGUAUCUGGAUGGAAUGAACUACCUUCGUUUCAACCUGGAAGCGGGAUGUACCGACAGAAUGCAAAGUUCCGACAGGUCCUUCACACCUACCCACCGUAGCUACUACUCCCCUAAACAUGAAGGCCUGAUGGAUGAUAUGCUCAGCAGUCACCAGGUUUCGUCACUUGCCAGGGAUUCAUACCGUCUGAGUUGGGGCACAGAGAACCUGGACAACGUGGCUUUGUCCUCCAGCCCCAUUCACUCUGGCCAUUCCUCUCCGUGCCAUGAUCAUGGAGACCACAGCAGCUUCCUGGUCAGCUUCAUGGUGGAUGCCAGGGGCGGAGCAAUGCGUGGUUGUCGGCACAACGGCCUACGCAUCAUCAUCCCGCCCAGGAAGUGCAGCGCUCCCACACGGGUAACGUGCCGGCUAGUGAAAAGACACCGUCUGGCCACCAUGCCUCCAAUGGUUGAGGGCGAGGGCCUCGCCAGCAGGCUCAUUGAGGUGGGACCCUCUGGAGCCCAGUUCCUUGGUAAACUCCACCUCCCCAGUGCUCCUCCACCUCUUAAUGAGGGCGAGAGUUUGGUUAGCAGAAUCCUCCAGCUUGGCCCGCCGGGGACAAAAUUCCUUGGUCCUGUGAUUGUGGAGAUCCCACACUUUGCUGCUCUACGCGGGAAAGAGAGGGAGCUGGUGAUCCUGAGGAGUGAGACCGGAGAGAGCUGGAAGGAGCAUCACUGUGAACACACUCAAGAAGAACUCAAUCAGAUACUCAACGGCAUGGAUGAGGAACUGGACACACCAGAGGAGCUGGAGAGGAAGCGCAUUUGUCGUAUCAUCACAAGAGAUUUCCCCCAAUACUUUGCAGUGGUGUCGCGCAUCAAGCAAGACAGUAAUCUGAUUGGUCCUGAAGGAGGCAUCCUGAGCAGCACUGUUGUGCCCCAAGUGCAGGCAGUCUUUCCUGAGGGGGCCCUCACCAAGAGGAUCAGGGUUGGGCUACAGGCCCAGCCAAUUAAUGUGGAUGUAGUAAGGAAGAUCCUGGGCAACAAGGCCACCUUCAGUCCCAUCGUCACUCUGGAGCCCCGCAGGAGGAAGUUCCAUAAACCUAUCACCAUGACCAUUCCUGUCCCCAAGACCAACUCCGACACCGUCCUUAAUGGAUUUGGAGGGGACACCCCCACCUUACGAUUGCUUUGUAGUAUCACUGGAGGAACCACACCAGCACAGUGGGAGGACAUAACAGGAACAACUCCGUUAACAUUUAUCAAUGACUGUGUCUCCUUCACCACAAAUGUAUCAGCCAGAUUUUGGCUGAUAGACUGUCGACAAGUCCAGGAAUCUGUCAACUUUUCCACUCAGGUGUACCGAGAGAUGAUCUGUGUCCCUUACAUGGCCAAAUUUGUCAUCUUUGCCAAGACCCAUGAUCCCAUUGAGGCCCGACUGCGCUGCUUCUGCAUGACGGAUGACAAGAUUGACAAAACCCUAGAGCAGCAGGAGAACUUCACCGAGGUGGCUCGCAGCCGAGAUGUAGAGGUCCUGGAAGGCAAACCUAUCUAUGCAGACUGCUUUGGAAACCUUGUUCCCCUUACCAAAAGUGGCCAUCACCAUCUCUUCAGCUUCUUUGCCUUUAAGGAGAACAGACUAGCGCUCUUCAUCAAAAUCAGAGACAAUACUCAGGAGCCAUGUGGCCGUCUGUCCUUUAUGAAAGAACCCAGGAACUACAGGUCACUCACCCAAAAUGCCAUAUGCAACCUCAACAUCACCCUCCCAUCAUACUGCAAGGAGUCUGAUUCAGACCGAGAGCAAGAGGAAGAGAUCAGCAAAACGCUAGAGAAAUAUGAAGAGACGGAGACAUCAGUCCUGAAAUCAGAGCUGAUCCAAGAGCCAGACCUCCUAUCCGACGUGUCAGAGAUGAAACAAGAUUUGAUCAAAAUGACUGCCAUCUUGACUGCAGACUCUACAGAGAAAUCUCCUUCUUUAGGAGGGUCUGGUCUAGAGAAAGUGACUGAGGAUAUUUCUGGAGAACCUUUAGAAAUAAUGGAGAAGGACUUAGAGAAAGUCAAAGAGGACCUAGAGAGAGUCAGUGAGAUACUGAGGAGUGGAGCAUAUGAGGAUGAGGCAGAGGAAGUAGCAAAGGCAGCUGGAAUUGCUGAGGAGUGGGUACUCCUCUCAGACAGUGAGAUAGAUGAGGCCAAAAGGAUAGCAGCCUUAGAAAUUCAAGAGCCUAUCUUGCGUGAAAGCCGAGGUAACAGAGGGGCUCCCAGACCUAAAGCCAUAAAGGACAGUGGUGACCUUAAAGAAUACCUUCUGGAUACACCUGUAAGCUCCAAAAUAAAAGCUAAAAAAGAGCCAUCCCCCCAAGAACGAUUCACUGAUGUUGUACUACGCAAAAGUGCAAAACCAACCACACCAACCAAAGUGCAUGACAAAAAGGCUGCCGGCGAUGUUAAAAAGCCAGUCCGAAGAAAAGGGAAAGACCAGGGACAGGCAGAAGAAUCAACAGAUCAAGGUGCUCUUCUGAGCGUGCCUACAGCCCCUGCCCCAGCGUCACCUGUAUCUCCAGUGGUUGAAGAAACUCCCAUUGGGUCAAUAAAGGACAAAGUCAAAGCCUUACAACAGAGAGUAGAAGCAGAGCAAAAGAGCAAAAAGGUCACUGCAAGCAAACCUUCACAAUUACCUGUUAUGAGCAAACCCUCUCCAAAAGCCAAAGAAAGCCCUAAAUCCAAACAGGGCCCCCCUAAAUCCCCCAAAGCUGAAUCUGAAAAACUUGAAGAGACGAUGUCAGUUAAAGAGCUGAUGCAAGCAUUCCAAACAGGGCAGGACCCCUCAAAAAGAAAGUCCGGACUAUUUGAGCUCAAAACAUCAACUACAUUAAGAUCAGACAAAACCACAAAAUCAGGAUCCAUGCAGUCAAAAUCCAUGACCAAGGCAAUAACUGAUCUCAAACCGGUCUCAAAAGGACGAGAAGUAUCUUUGGAUUCCAAACCUAGCAAAAAAGGGACUCAGCAAGAUAUGGAGAAAGAAGCUAUGUCAGUUGCUGCCACCCAUUCAGAGCUGGCUGAAAGUGUAGACUUUGGAAAUGGUGGCCUUGAUGACAGCUCUGACAGCUUAAAACAUGAGGGUGUGGCAGACUCACUAAGCGCCAGUUCUGGAGAUGGAACUCCUCAUAUGAGCUCUGAGGACAGUUAUAAACAUGAAGGUCUAGCCACUCCAGGCACAAGCCCGGAAAGUAUGCGUCUUUCUCCCAAAACUGGAAAGCAUACCUCUACAACUUUGGCCACAACGGCCACAACAGUCAAAAAUGAAAGUAAAGACAUAGAGAAGUCUGGAGAUUCUUGUAUAGGGGCCAUUGGUGACCAACCAUCUACAGAGUUGACCCUCCCCAUCACUUCCAGUGAGGCUGCAGAUGACCACACUACAAGUGAGUCCAUAUCUGUUAAGAGAAGUGCCUCUAAGCCAUCUAAACCUCAAAAGCUUACAAAGAGAAUUUCAGAAACUGUAGAAACUUUUCUUAGCGAUGACGAAAGCCCUGAUCAUCAGCUAGCAUUGUCUUUAGUUGGUUCUCCAGCCUCUAAAUCCUUUUCUCACCUUCAUGAAAGCUUUGAGCUGCCUCUAAAACAAGACUCAGAUGCUCUGAGUCCAUUCGCUGAUGACUCUUUGACAAUAAGCCACAGAGACUCUCUAGAAGGUAGUCCUCUCAUGGAAGAAACCUCCUCCCAUAAGUCCCCAGACUCUAUUGAACCGAGCCCAACCAAGGAAUCACCCCCUCAUGAUUCAUUAGAAAACAGCCCUGUAGAGCAAAAAAGCCUAGGUCCACCUAGUAAAUCCUCUAUCCGUCCAGAGCCUUCCAAAGCUACAGAAUUCCCCCAAGAUGCUUUGCGUGGUAUGCUGCUUCGAGACCAUGCAACUAGUGCCGAUGAUGACAGUUGUGAGCAGACAUCUCAAAUGACAAGUUCUGGUAAGAGUCCCCUCACCCCUGAUACCCCUAGUUCUGAAGAGGUAAGUUAUGAGGUAAACCCCAAACCUGACCAUACAUUCCUCUCUGUUCCAUCCAAACCGGCUGUCAUCCCUGAAGCCCCAGAAGAAGAGGACACAUCAGACAGUUAUGAAGCUAAGAGAAAAAUCACUCCAGAGGAUGAGAUGUUUAAGAUGGCAGCAAAAAUAAAAACUUUUGAUGAAAUGGAACAAGAUGCAAGGAGCAAAAAGAACUCUAGAAAAGAUUUGUUUCCAUCAUCAGAUGUUGAAAUAGGGGAUGACAGCUAUGAAAUAUUAGAGCCCACAACUGAGAAGCUUUCGCAAAUUGAAUGUGGGCUCAAUAGCCCCACUGAAGAUUCAAAGUUCGCUCUUUUUGUUGAUCCCCAUAAUAAAGUACAACCUCCCUUUCCUUUUUCAGCAGGUUUGCAUGAUGGAUCCCACAGCAAGGAGGUCAAGAACACAACAGCAACAACCAGUGUCACUUCAGAGGGACCUCACUCUGUCUCAGAUCAGCAUCAUUCAAAAUCCAAAUUGGAAACUGCACAGGAACUGGUGGGAAUAGUCCUGCCAUCUGAUCAGAAAGACACUGUGGUCAAAAAGGCUGCUGUAACAUCAAACACUGAAAAGAGUACUGGUGAUCAGAAGGAGAGCUUAAGGAAUUCAAGAGAAAACAAACAUGUUGAUAAGGAUGUUCAAGAAUUAAGUGUUUCCAAUCAACAAAGUGCUACAGUAAAACAAGGUACCAAUGUAACAGAUGAACUGAAAGGAGUGAAAGGAGAUCAAAAGGUGCAUAUAGGAGCACCAGUGGAUGGAACUGCAACUGUUGCCAAAGAUCAGACAAAGGAAAUUUUCAAAGCAGAGGUCUGUAUCUAUGAUGACACGGAGAAUGAUGAUGAGGCACUGCAACCUCCCAGAACUAAGUCAAAAGGGGUCACUGCAAGAGUAGACACUGAUUCAUGGUCUGCCAUGCGGGAGGAUGAUGUCACUUUUGCAGCUCAGGUAAAAGAAGAAGAACAGAAGAUACUCAAUCUUGUGGUGGACUGUCAGUCUCAGCAAGCAACUCCAGACACAACCCCUGGCAGAACACCAACAGAAGAGAGCACUCCUACCAGUGAGCCCAACCCCUUUCUAUUUCAAGAGGGGAAGCUCUUUGAGAUGACCCGAAGUGGUGCUAUUGACAUGACAAAGAGGAGCUAUGAAGAAGAUGAGGGUGGCUUUGCCUUUUUCCAAAUAGGUGAACAGCCUGUAGAGGAUCCUCUUUCAGAAGAUGCCAGGCAAGAAGUUAUGAGAUCAGCAGGAGAACCUGAAGUUGGCCUUAAUCUAACAAUAGAGGUUAAGACUGAAGAAACUGAGAAGUCUAAAGAAACAACUGGUUCUCAGCCUCAGUCCCCAUCUGAAGGUGACCAGCCAACCUCUACAGCUGAUGCCUCCAAGUCUAAAAUCCCUAAAAUGGGCAUUUCAGUUUCAGCCAAACCUACAAAGGAAGAUCAUACAUCCCCUGAAGAUACAGAAAAUAAAACAGAAAAAAAUGUAAAUGAAGGUUUUUUAGAUUUAGACACAAAUUCCCCUGACCAAAUAAUAACAAACGUACAGACAGCAGAAACUACAGUCACUAGGUCUGUUUACUCUCAGCAGGACCAAGAAUCCUCUGAUUCCUCUCCAGAGGAACCGCAGUCAGUGAUAGAAGCCCCCAAACCAACAGCCAAGUCCAAACAAAGAGUUUCUACUAGUGUUAAAAAGAUCCCGGUCAAAACACAAGCUAAAUCUGUUCCUCAAGGUCGGGGUAAAUCCACAAUUCCCUCUCCAUCUCAUGCAACUUCCUCAACCACAAUUAGAAAAGAGGCCUCUGUCACUUCUGAAUCUAAAUCUAGAAUUCCCAUCAAGGCUAGCACUCUAAAAGCUGAUUCAACUGUCACCCAAGACAAAAAACUUAAGGUUCCUGUAAAAAAGGAUACAAGGAGAAAAUCUGAGGCAGAUGCAGGUCCCUCAGUCGAUGCCAAAACCAAGACACCAUCUUCCAAAGCAAAGAGCUUCUGUGAGGGGGAAUCUACCAGGCCAUCUGCUACAAAGAGUGCUGAGUCAACAAAAUCUAAAAGCUUCCAGUCCAGAUUACCAGUCCGAGGCAAAAGUGGUCAGUCAUCUAAUUUAUCAACACCCACUAGAGAAACAAGUGAGUCAUGCAAAGAGUCCAUUGAGUUCUUUGAAGAGAUAAGCAGUGAAGCAGCAAAACUUGUAUCAAGAUUGGCAGAGACAGAGAAAGAACAAGAGGGCGCAGCCACCAACUCAGAUGAUGAGAGCAGUCUCAUUGAUCCAGCAAUCAUAGAAAGAGAAACUUUCCCUGAGAUGCAGUUCCAUCCCUCAGGAGACAUCUUUCCCAUUAGACCACUGUGGGACAACCCUGUUGAGACACAGAUGCAGCGAAUCCCAGACGAUAAAGCACAAAGUCAAGUAGAUCCACAGGAUGAAGCAGAGAGAAAAGAGCAACAGUUGGCCAUUAUAGCUGACCAUCUGGGCUUCAGCUGGACAGAGCUGGCACGAGAACUGGACUUCAGUGAGGAAAGGAUCAACCUGAUAAGGACUGACAACCCCAACUCACUUCAAGACCAAAGCCAUGCCCUUUUGAAACUCUGGGCAGAGAGGGAAGGAAAGCAUGCCACAGAAACAACACUGAUCAAAAGACUGACAAAGAUCAACCGAAUGGACAUUGUUCACCUCACUGAAACCAAGAUAAUCAAGUCCACUCAGGAGGAGACUGCCUCACAUACCUAUGCAGAAAUAGAGCGGACCAUAUCACUGGAUCAUAGUGAAGGUUUCUCUGCUCUUCAUGAAGACAUUGACAGCCCCAGGCCUGGCAGGCAUGCAGAGGCCACACGCAGGAUUCCAGGCUCAGGACGAGAGGUGCCCAUGGUGUUAGCAGAGGACCUGUCCUCCAGUUUGUCAUCACUUCAUGGGGAGACAACGGGAAGAUCAGAGACAGAUUCCACAGCAACAGGCCUUCUUAUAAACGCCCAGAAAGAGAAACUACAAAAAGAGAUGGAGACAACAUACUCAUCACAUAGAGUAUAUGAGGAAUUGACAGACACGGUACACACAGGCAGUUUUAAACAAGAGAUAGCAGAGGAGCUAGGGUGCCUGUCCUCUGAUAGCUCAGAGGAGGAGGUGCUGACCACCAGGGUGGUCCGACGCAGAGUUAUCAUUCAGGCGGAUAAUUUACCAGAUAUCCCGUCACAGACUGUCACAGAGGAGGAGUAUACAGAUGAGCAUGGCAACAUGGUAGUGAAGAAAAUCACACGGAAGGUGAUUUAUAAAUAUGUGUCAUCUGAUGGCACUGAGAGACAGGAAGUGACCACUGAGGGCUCUCAUCAGGAGACAGUGCAGGUCAAGGAGGGAGACACUGUCUCCAAAGUGAUAAAGAGGACUGUCCUUCAUACUGAGGGAGAUCAGAAAGAGCUGAGCUACUCAACGCCUCUGGCCCUGGGGGCCUCCACAGCAUCAGAAUUUGAGGCGGAGCCAGUGCAAGGACGAAAGGUCAGCAAGGUUGUCAAGACAACAGUGGUGAGAGGCGAGAGGAUGGAGAAGCAGACAGGAGACCCCUCACUGGCUGCAGAUCUCCCCUCAGCCAGAGAGGACUUUGAGAAGGCAUUGAGUUAUGCUGGAGGCUUUGGGAAAGUACUCCUGCCUCAUGUAGUAGAGAAAGAGAAUGUGCAGGACGACGGUUCUGUGGUUAAAAGAAGCCAGAUGCGUAAGUCACGCACCCAGAAGAGGACUGUGGUGGGGGAUGCCCUGGGGAAGCACGUGCACCUGGAGCGUCUGGACGACACCCCGGACGCCCUGCAGCCCGACGCACUGCAGCAGUACCUGCACCGCAUGCUCCAGCGCUACUGUGAGGACGACCAGGAAGAGGAGGAGGAGGAGGAGGAGGAGGAGGAAGGAGAUGAAAUGGACAAAAAAGAACUUUGACUGGAGCGGCUGCUUCCACUGAUCCUCUCCCUACAUCUUCCACUGGAGCGUUUGGUGACGUACGCUUCCUCAGAUCAAGAUGUUCCAGAUCCCCUUUUUGUUGUCCUUGUUGAUCACUGGAUUCAAGUUUUUCAGUAUUUUGUUGCUUUAACACUCAUCCUUCCUUCUUGUUGUGUUUCAUUUGCUUUUUGUGACCAAAGAUAACACCCUUCAUUUUUGAUUGAUUUUGAUUUUUUUUUGUUUUGUUUUCACCUUUUGGCUGCUGUGGUAUGAUUUAUGGUACGACAACCGCAUAGGUGGAUCAAAGUCAGGAGAUCUUGGAUGUUGCCCCUUACGCAUGGGCCUCUUCUUGAGGAACUCUUGUAAACUUUUGUACAUAAAAGAGCUGAAAAAAAAUCACACUUGGACUUGGGGGAAAAAGUCCGACAAAUUUAAAGCAUUUAAUGCAAAAGCCCACCUAAACCUGCUGUACAUGCACCGAUUCAGCUGGAGAAUGGCCACCAUACAGAUGAGAUUAAUGUUACAUAGAGAAUAAAUUGGGAGGAGUGAAUGUGUGUAUCAUCACGGAGCAUGGAACAUCACCCUGCUGACCUGUUUACAAAGGCUGCGUGAUCCCACCUUCCCAUGAUGCAUCUGCCCUUUAUUUGUUCACGUUUGUCCAUCUAAUGUGUGUCGUGCAUUCACGUUAUCCGUCACAGAGCUGCCACCUCUAUGUGUGUGUGUGUGUGUGUGUGUGUAUACAUAUAGUGUGUUUACUGAGAAAGAAAGUAGUGUGAGGGAUGCAGAUUGAGCACGUCACCCUGCUGUCCUUUUUAGAACCUGUGAUCUGUUUCACCUCAAAAUGCAGCUCAGAUUAGUAAGUCUUUUGCAGGAUAAGUCUGGAUAUUUUUCUUCUGGUCAACAAAUCCCAUGUGUAGAGCUAAGCCAACAUUUAAUGGAUCCUACUAACAUCUACUGUGUGUCUUACACCUGCCACACAGCUCCACUAUUGUCCGAAAACUAUUACUAAAAAAAAAAAAACAUCAAGUCUUCCUUCCUUGCCAUGAAUAUUGUUAGAAUUAGUGGAGAUAAUUUAACACGCGGUCUGUCACAUCAAGCCUGUGAAAGUAACCCUGGUGAUGUCAUAGUGAUGUGUUCCAGGGUGGGGCUGUGCUUGAAAGAAGUGGGUACUGAAAAGAUGCAUUGUGGGAACUGUAGGAUUUGCAGUUUGACUUAAGCUUAACUCGUCUCUGAUACUUCAGUUUUCUUUUUCAAGUCUUUCUGUCACGUGUCCAACAACUUAACAGAAGAGCAGUGAAUGUUUAAGGUCGUGAAACACCUUCUUCUUGUAUCUUACCAUGAAGUUUUCAUAAUUUCCCUUCUUGUUGCUGCUUUCUGUCUUUAACCAGCUCACACUUUUUAAUUGUCUGUCAGCGUAAUGUCUGUUCAGUCGUGUGAGGCUGCAGAUCAGUCAUCACUGUGUCAGGAACUAUAUUUUGAUGUGAGCUUUAAUUAGGCUUUUUCGGCAAAACAAUUAGUGUAGGUAAUUAUUAAUGCAAAUUAUGACGGUCACUCUCUAGUGUGAGGGCAUCUCAUUUCAGAAGUGAGAUUUUGUGAAAUUAUUAUUAUUAUUGAUAUAAAUUUGAAUCAAUGAGUUUUUUUUAAAAAUGAAAUUAUAUAUUUGUGAGCUGUUUUUAAGUAAUUAUUCAACAGGAGUCUGUGGGCUUGGGGCUGAUUGUUAAGGAAGUCAGAAAAUUUUUUGUUUUUUCAUGGGAUUUGUUGACAAGAAAAUAUGCAAUAACAGUCUUGUCCUUUAAGUUUUUAGACCCUACACAUAGCAGAGACACUUUCCUUUAAGCGUCGUUGUUUCUCUUCAGAAUUGCCGUCACUGCUAACAAAGGAUUGGAACAUCAACAUAAAAUCCAAGGCCAACUUCCGCUGACUUCACUUAUCACACACACACACACUCCCUUAUUUAUUUAUCGCUGUCCAUUUGUGAUCCCUGUGCACCAAGCUGACAAUAGCUGAGAGAGGGGUAUGUGUUUGGAAGUGUUUUAAAGCUUAAAGACAUUUUUUUGUUUGGCAUCGUAGAUGAAUAGGUGGAAAGCGGAUUGAUUGUGUACAGACUGAUAAAAGUAUGUUUUGUGUUCAUCUACAGUUGAGGCUUAUCUAGGCUAUUUAACAAUACAAUCCUCACUUUGCCAUUUACUUUGAGUGUGAUCCAAUGGAAGAAUAAAAGAAAUGUCAAAAAGAGAUCAUUGGUUUGAUAAAUGAGCAUCUUGUUUCCAUGGUGAUAACAAUAUAUACAUAUUAACAGUGCAAAUAUCUAUGCGGGCAUGUAUGACUUUAUCAAAUUACUAAAAAAAAAACAAACCUGAACUACUAACAAAGCAUAGCAACUGCAGUGUGUACAUGGCAGAACAAUAAAACUGUACACGUGUCCGAUA